CUAUCGUUGGCGAUCUCACAUACAGUGAAAACUUCAUCAAUACAGGGGAACUCGCAAAGAUUCACCAUGUCGGACGCCGCCGACCAAGUCCUGCAAGCGCAGAGAGAGCGCAAUGCCGCAAAAGCUGCGGGAAAGAAAGGUUCAAAAGCCUUUGAUCCGACCACCCAGAGGACUGACACUUCGACCAAGGCUUCAUUGACUGAUACCUUCGAUACUGAGCUCUAUGAACGCAAUGGGCUUGACAAAUUCGCGGGCUACAAUACAUCCAUCGCGGUCAACGAUGAAGAAGACGAAGAGAUGGAAGACGCUGAUGGUGACUCGGGUAGGAAUCUGGUUGGUCAAUACACUGCAACUACCGCACAGAGGGAGGAGUUUGCCAAUGGCGGGACAGAAGAAGCAGAUAUCUUGGUGACACGUGAGAAGCAAGCUCAGAUUGCUUCGAGACAGUCCGAUUACCAACGCAAGGGCAUGGAACGACGAGUCCUUACCCCAACCCGUGCAGACCCGUUUGCGGAAAAUCGCCAGGCCGGUGUCGAAGAGAAUGGUCAGUCUUACAGAGAGAUCAUGGCUAUGCGCGAGGUCGAACAAGAGGAAGAACGUGUCAGAAAGGCGAUCGAACAAAAGGAGCAGAACGGCGAAAAUGGUGACACACACCACUCUCCAACUCUAAAGGGCCCUAGUGACAAAGAGAAUGCCGAAGCCGGCUCCACAGUCGCGGUAUCUGCAGAGAAGAAAAGGAAGCGGAGAUGGGACGUAUCUACGGAAGAGAAGGUGUCUGAAGAUGUCCAGAUGGAGGACGUGAAGCCUAAGAAGUCUCGAUGGGAUGAGAUUCCAGCGCCUGGUGCUGCACCAGCGAAGCGGUCUCGAUGGGAUCUGGCUCCAGCCCUCGUUACAGCUACGCCUGCAAGUGGUGCGGGGCUCGCGACACCAAUGCAUCCAUCGCAGAUGAUGUCCUUUGGAACAGAUAUAUCCGGUCGAAAUAUGUCAUUGAGCGACGAGGAGCUUAAUGAGAUGCUACCCAACGAAGGAUAUAAGAUUUUGGAUCCUCCACCAGGCUAUGAGCCUCUGCCUGCUGCCGCCAGGCGGCUGUUACCGACUCCUGCCGCAGCGACGGGUGGCUUCAUGAACCAGCAAUCUGAAGAUCCGAGAUCCAUGGGCAAGCAGCUACCAACAGAUAUCCCUGGCGUUGGUGAUCUACAAUUCUUCAAGGCCGAGGACAUGCAAUACUUUGGCAAACUCGUGGACGGCGCUGAAGAGAAUGAAUUGUCUGUGGAGGAGUUGAAGGAGCGCAAGAUCAUGCGACUACUACUCAAGGUCAAGAACGGAACGCCCCCCAUGAGAAAGACAGCUCUGCGUCAGAUCACUGACAACGCGCGCCAAUUUGGGGCUGGUGCUCUAUUCAACCAAAUUCUUCCCCUCCUAAUGGAAAAGACACUUGAAGACCAAGAACGCCAUCUUCUGGUCAAAGUCAUUGAUCGCGUUCUUUACAAGCUCGAUGACCUUGUUCGCCCAUUCGUGCACAAAAUUCUGGUCGUCAUUGAGCCUCUCCUAAUCGACCAGGACUAUUAUGCUCGCGUUGAAGGUCGUGAAAUCAUCUCCAAUCUCAGCAAGGCUGCUGGUCUGGCCCACAUGAUCAGUACUAUGCGUCCAGAUAUUGAUCACGCCGACGAAUACGUCCGAAAUACCACUGCUAGAGCUUUCGCUGUCGUCGCAUCCGCGCUGACCAUUCCCCCACUUCUACCCUUUCUCAAUGCCGUUUGUAAGAGUCGAAAGUCGUGGCAGGCACGACACACUGGCGUCAAGAUUAUUCAGCAGAUUCCUAUUUUAAUGGGAUGUGCCGUUCUACCACAUUUGAAGCAGCUGGUAGAUUGUAUCGCUGAUAAUCUCAACGACGAGCAGGCCAAGGUGAGGACAGUGACCAGUCUUGCUAUCGCCGCUCUCGCCGAGGCGUCCAAUCCCUACGGUAUCGAAAGCUUCGAUGCCAUUCUCAACCCCCUUUGGAUGGGAGCUCGCAAGCAACGUGGUAAAGGGUUGGCCGGAUUCCUGAAAGCCAUUGGUUAUAUCAUUCCUCUGAUGGACGAAGAAUAUGCCAAUUACUACACCAGUGUUAUCAUGGAGAUCCUCAUCCGAGAAUUCUCGUCGCCCGACGAAGAGAUGAAGAAGGUGGUACUGAAAGUUGUCUCUCAAUGUUCUAGCACCGCUGGUGUCACGGCUGGAUAUCUGAAAGAGACGGUGUUGGAUGACUUUUUCAAAAGCUUCUGGGUACGACGCAUGGCUCUCGACAAGCGCAACUAUCGCCAAGUCGUAGACACCACCGUUGACCUCGGGCAGAAGGUUGGUGCUGGUGAGAUCAUCUCUAGGAUUGUCAAGAAUUUGAAAGAUGAGAGCGAAGCAUACCGCAAGAUGGCGGUGGAGACCAUCGAAAAGAUCAUUGCAGGCCUUGGUGCAGCCGACGUCACCGAGCGACUUGAAGAGGAGUUGAUUGACGGAAUCUUGCAUUCGUUCCAAGAACAGAGUGUAGAAGACAUCAUCAUGCUGAACGGUUUCGGCACCGUCGUGAACGCUCUGGGUAUUCGCUGCAAGAAGUAUCUGCCACAGAUUGUCAGCACCAUCCUGUGGAGGCUCAACCACAAGUCUGCACCGGUGCGUCAACAGUCUGCAGAUCUUAUCUCUCGCAUUGCGCCUAUCAUGAGUCAGUGUGGUGAAGAUGGUCUUCUCGGAAAGUUGAGCACAGUCCUUUAUGAGUAUCUUGGUGAAGAGUAUCCAGAGGUUCUCGGCUCCAUCCUCGGGGCUCUGAGAUCCAUUGUCACUGUUGUUGGUCUUUCUACAAUGCAGCCUCCAAUUAAAGACCUUCUUCCGCGCCUGACACCCAUUCUGCGAAAUCGACACGAGAAAGUGCAGGAAAAUACAAUUGAUCUGGUAGGACGUAUCGCUGACAGAGGACCUGAAGCUGUCAACGCGCGUGAGUGGAUGCGUAUUUGCUUCGAACUGCUCGACAUGCUCAAGGCGCACAAGAAGGGAAUCCGUCGCGCAGCCAACAACACGUUUGGUUUCAUUGCCAAGGCCAUCGGUCCGCAGGAUGUUCUCGCCACACUCCUCAACAAUCUGCGUGUUCAAGAACGCCAGUCUCGUGUGUGUACCGCCGUGGCCAUCGGCAUUGUAGCCGAGACAUGCGCACCGUUCACGGUCCUUCCGGCUCUUAUGAACGAAUACCGCGUGCCCGAACUUAACGUCCAGAACGGUGUCCUCAAAUCCCUCUCUUUCCUGUUCGAAUACAUCGGUGAAAUGGCCAAGGACUACGUCUACGCCGUUACGCCGCUCCUGGAAGACGCUCUCAUCGACCGCGAUCAAGUCCAUAGACAGACUGCAGCCUCAGUUGUCAAGCACGUUGCGCUCGGUGUUGUUGGUCUAGGUUGCGAAGACGCCAUGUUACAUUUGCUCAACCUUCUGUACCCGAAUUUGUUCGAGACUAGUCCCCAUGUCAUUGACCGCAUCAUCGAGGCCAUUGAUGCCGUUCGUAUGGCUGUUGGCCCCGGUCUGGUAAUGAAUUACGUGUGGGCUGGUCUGUUCCACCCAGCGCGCAAGGUCAGGGUUCCGUACUGGCGACUUUACAACAGCACAUAUGUGCAGCAGGCCGACAGCAUGGUUCCAUACUAUCCUGUCAUGGACGACGCCAAGCUGCCACGGUUCGAGCUAGAUAUCUUGGUGAACCUAGAUGAUCUUCGUCGCACACGACGAGAACAGUUAUGCAAAACGGCUACAUAG